AUGUCCGGCCAACCACAAAACGCGAACCUCUCGGCCUGUGGCAGCGAGCUGCUCAGGUGCAUUGAGGAAUUGAAAAAGAAGCGCGACGAUCUUGCAAGAAAUAUUCAGGCGGAAGCUGAAGAAAAGGAAAAAAUUCAGCGAGGGAUUGCUACGUUGACUGAAAAGCUUCAGAAGAUUACAGUGAAUCAGGAACGAAAUAUGCAGGCUCGCGAUGAGUACGAAAAGACAAUACAGGAAACAGAGGCGGCAUAUAUUAAGGUCAGCAGUGGCUGCUAA